AUUAUCACAUCGAGCUCCCAACCAUCUCUGUCGUGCAUGGAGGAUUAACACGAGCAGCCACGGCAGCCACCAACUCAUGGCCUGGCCUGGCCUUGACGCAGCAAUUUUGGUACAUUCUGCACCGCAGUACCGCGCACCGCUUACUUUCCUCUGCAAACACCUCAGGGCUCAGGCCUUUGCCUCUGUCCGUUGCACAAUCAUGGCGCCACCAUCUCCUCAUCGCUCCCCUGCUCAAGCAAACGGAGCGUGCAGCGAGGACGGCAUCCGCGUCGUCGACAUGGCCGUCCUCGUCAACGGCGACGCCGAUCAACGGGCGCAGGCGAUCCGACACCUCGGCCGGGCGUGCCAAGAGUGGGGCAUCUUCAUGGUGAUCAACCAUGGCGUGCCCGAGGCUCUCCAAGCAGCAACGAUGGACGCAUGUAAGGAGCUACUACUCAGCUUACCGACAGAGGACAAGGCCGAGUACAUGGACGGCAGCCCGAUGGACCCCGUGCGCGUUGGCACAGGCUUCGUCAACUCCGCCGUCGACGGCGCCAGGUACUGGAGGGACUACGUCAAGAUGUUCGUCCACCCUGAUUUCCACUGCCCAUCAAAGCCUGCAAACCUAAGGGAGGUUGCCAAGGAGUACGCGGCGUGCACGAGAGGCCUGAUGCUGGAGCUCGUGGCGGCGAUCUCCGAGAGCCUAGGGCUGGACGGCGGCCGCAUCGCGCAAGCCCUGAACCUCGAGUCCUGCCUCCAGACACUCGUCGCCAACCAUUACCCGCCGUACUCUGGCCCGGACGAUGACGAUGGCAGCACGCCUAUCGGGCUCCCGGCCCACUCUGACUACGGCCUGCUCACUCUGCUCUUCCAAAACGGCGUCGACGGCCUGCAGGUCCAGCACGACGGGCAGUGGCUCCUUGCAAAGCCCCUCCCGGGGUCCUUCUUCGUCAUAGCCGGCGAUCAGCUCGAGAUUGUGAGCAAUGGGAGGUACAAGGCGGCGCUCCACCGGGCGUGGAUCGGUGGGGAGCGGAGGAUGUCGGUCCUGGCCUUGAUCGCGCCGUGCUUGGACACCGUCGUCGAGCCGGUGCCGGAGCUGGCACGGGAAGGGCCUGAGGGAGUGGAGUUCAGGGGGAUCAGGUUCAGGGACUACAUGGAGAGCCAUCAGAGCAGUAGGCUCGUCGGGAAGACGGCGCUGGACAUCGUCCGCGUGCAGCGUUAGAAGUUACAGUAGAUCGAUGUUGAUGACGAACGGUUCGGCAUAAGAUUAGAAUCGUCGAGUUUGAAUGUGUUGAAAUAAACUUCGUGCAAAGGUUAAGGUUGCUAAAACAUUGCUCUGUUUAUGCCAGAGAUCAUAUCUUCAGAAGAAAGCAAGACAAUGUCAUUGCUUA